UUAUUAUAUUGUUUUGUAUUUGCCAAACUUGUCUAUAUAAACUCUAGGAUUUUAUUAUCCAUGCACCAAGCAAAUAUCAAUAGCAAAAGCAUAUGAAUUGAACCUCUCUUGAAGACAUGAAAUCACUUUUUGCUCUCAUCCUCCUCAUUUCACUUGCCUUGUAUGCUAGCAGCACAGAUGCAAGAAGAGACCCUGGAGAAUAUUGGAAUAUUGUGAUGAAAAAUGAGCCCAUGCCUAUAGCAAUCAAGCAUCUUAUGCCUCAGUAUGACGUUCCUUCCGAGCCAAGGCCAACUGUAACUGCUUAUUAUCAUGAUGAUGCUAGUCUCAAACAAGAAAAGUCUUUUGAACCAAGAUCAACUGCAACUUCUUACCAUGAUAAUGAAGUCAGUCUUAAAGGAGAAAAGUCUUUUGAACCAAGGCCCAGUGCAACUGCUUACCAUCAUGAUGAUGUUGGUCUCAAACAAGAAAAAUCAUCAUUUACUAAAGAUUUUGAACCAAGGCCAACUGCAACUUCUUACCGUGGUAAUGAAGUCGGUCUUAAAGGAGAAAAAUCUUUUGAACCAAGGCCAAGUGCAACUGCUUACCAUGAUGAUGAUGUUGGUCUCAAACAAGAAAAAUCAUCAUUUACUAAAGAUUUUGAACCAAGGCCAACUGCAACUUCUUACCGUGAUGAUGAAGCCAGUCUUAAAGGAGAAAAAACUUUUGAACCAAGGCCCAGUGCAACUGCUUACCAUCAUGAUGAUGUUGGUCUCAAACAAGAAAAAUCAUCAUUUACUAAAGAUUUUGUACCAAGGCCAACUGCAACUUCUUACCGUGAUGACGAAGUCGGUCUUAAAGGAGAAAAGUCUUUUGAACCACGACUGACUGUAACUACUUACAAUCAUGGUGGUGCUGGUCUCGAACAAGAAAAAUUAUCCUUUACAAAAGAUUUUGAACCAAGGCCAACUGCAACUUCCUACCGUGACAAUGUAAUCAGUCUUAAAGGAGAAAAGUCUUUUGAACCAAGGCCAAAUAUUAGUGUGUACAAUGAGUGACAUUGCAAAAGCAUUGUGUGUCAUUUAGUUUUCUUGUAAACUCCCUCCGUGUGAACGCCCUUUCGAUGUUAUGUGGUUUAUGGAAUAAGGAAAAAUAAACUUUUGUACUAUAUUAUUUCUUGAGUUUAAUGUAAUUGUUGUUUAAUUGUGUGCAA